GUCGGUCUAAACGAAGCCACGAUAAAAACUCAUCCCACGCUUUAAAUAUUUUAUUUUCUAGGGUUAGCGGAUUUUGGGAAUUAGGAUUUUCUUUUCUCUGAAAUUUUCCAAGGACCAGAAAAAUUCGAAGAUGAUCGAGGUGGUGUUGAACGACCGGCUGGGGAAGAAGGUGCGCGUGAAGUGCAACGACGACGACACGAUCGGAGACCUGAAGAAGCUGGUGGCGGCCCAGACGGGUACCCGAUCCGACAAGAUCCGGAUUCAGAAGUGGUAUACGGUUUAUAAGGAUCAUAUUACCCUUAAAGAUUACGAGAUCCACGACGGCAUGGGCCUCGAACUUUACUAUAAUUAGGAAAAAGGGUUGAUAGGUAUUUUUAUUUUUAUUUAUGUAAUUUUGCGUGGUUGCUGUGUGAAGAAGCUUUAACUUUAUGUGUGGAUGUUAUAUAAUUGUGGAUGAUGGUAUUUACUAUUUUCUAGUACUUUUUAAGAAAUUUUAAGGGAAGAAUUGUUAAAUUUGUGGUUCAAAUUAGUAUAUUAGAAAGUUUUUUAUUUUA